AUGUGGCCGACAAAGUGGACGAUGAGUUGCGUAAUCGGAAAGGUGCAAAUUCUAGCAAUCAACGUAAAGUUUAGACCACUACACUCAAAAUUUGAACCAUAUCCAGCAGACACCAAGGAUAUCGAAUACGGUACAGAACGAGCCAUGUCGGAAGUCGAGCAAUCGAACAAACAUCAACUGGUAGCCUUCCAUGACAAGGAUCAAAAGAUCGAAAAAUCCCUGUCUGCAAAAUACAUGGGAGAACGGCGUAUGACCGAUGAUUUUGUUCUUGGUAUCAUAGACUAUGAUGGACUGCCCAAGACAUUGAGGUCAGCGAAAGACCUCUGGACGGAAAAAAUGAACCAUUGUAUACGGGAAAUUUCCCAGGAUUUGUGA